AUGUUCGAAUCCGAAGCCAACGUAGCCCUUCUCGAAGCCAUCCGAGCGUAUUUAAUCGACGAUUCCGCGCCGCCGCCGCCGGAAAUAAUGUUCGAGAACCCGUCGCCGGCCGGCCCUCCCCGGGAAUCGGAGGCGGACGCCGGGUGGCGGCGGUACAGAGGGGUGAGGCGGCGGCCGUGGGGGCGAUUCGCGGCGGAGAUAAGGGAUCCGGCGAGGAACGGGUCCCGCGUGUGGCUCGGGACGUACGAGACGGCCGAGGACGCGGCCCGAGCGUACGACAGGGCCGCGUACGGGAUGAGGGGGGCCCGCGCGCUACUGAAUUUCCCGCUGAGGAUAAAUUCCGGCGAGCCGGCGCCGAUUAGGGUCACGGCGAGGAGGCCGGCGGCCGCGAGUGGGUCGGGAAAGAGGGGGAGGGCGGGCCGGCGUGAGUUGGGGUGGAUCGAAUGA